AUGUUACAACUUUACACAGAAGAUACUUAUGAAAUUGAAGGUGAACCUUUAUUUGGUUAUCUUCGAGGUAAAUUUACAGCACAGGAACUAUCUUUAAUUGACGAUUAUGCAUUUGAUCUCGGCAUUGAGGUUAUACCUUGUAUUCAAACAUUGGGUCAUAUGGGUCAAGUAUUACAAUGGCAACACUAUGCUUACUUACGUGAUAAUAUGGAAGUACUAUUACCAGAGUCAGAAGCGACAUAUGAAUUCAUUGAAAAGAUGAUUCGAGCUAUUAGUCGGCCUUUUCGGUCUAAACGUAUUCAUAUCGGUAUGGAUGAAGCUCAUGGAGUGGGAGAAGGAAGGUAUCAACAGAUUUAUGGAUAUGGUAAAGAUUCAACGCAGAUAUUUCUUGAACAUCUUCAAAAGGUGAAUGAAAUAUGUCAAAGGAAUGAUUUAGAGCCAAUGAUAUGGUCGGACACUGUAAAGAAUAAUUCAUUGUUAGGUUAUUAUGAUGAAUCCAAUAACCCAGCAACACAGGAAUUAGUGGUUAAUAGUUUACCUCAAAAUAUAAAAUUAAUCUUUUGGGAUUAUUACCAUACAACAUCUGAUAUAUAUUUACAAAAGAUUCAACAGCAUCGACAAAUGGGAUGUCAAGAUCCAUGGGUAGCAACUUCUGCAUGGACUUGGACUCGCUUUUGGACAGCAUUACCAUUUACCUAUGAAGCAGUUAAAGCUAGUAUCGUAGCUUCAAAGAAUAAAAAUGAAGGGGUUCGAAAUACAUUCAUUACUACUUGGGGAGAUGAAGGCAAUGAGUGUGAUUUGCUCUCUUCUUUACCUGCUUUAUUUUAUUUUGCACAGCAUGGCUAUACUGAAUUUGAAGAAGUAGAUAUUCAAUUAUUGAAAAGAAAUUUUGAGGCUAUUUGUGGUGCCAGUUUUGAUGAUUGGACAUUAGCUUCAAAGAUUGAUGAUAUACCUGAAAGAAUACCAAUUACGCCAAGAUCUAACUUUGCAAAUAACAUGAGCAAAUGGUUACUAUGGGAAGAUCCAUUUUUAAGCUUCUUAUCACCACAAUAUAUAGAUGAAGACCUUGAAAACCAUUAUGCAAGCAUUGAACAAUACCUAUCCAAAGCAACUUCUAAAGAAAAGACCAUAUUUAAUUUUCCAUUGAAUGAACGACUUGAAUUUCCACGACGUAUUGCUAAAGUGUUAUCACUAAAAUGUCACUUUAGAAAGCAUUGUGUAGCUGCCUACAAGGCCAAAGAUUAUCAUACCCUUUUGGCCCUAGCCCAUGGAAGACUAACUGCUUUACGUCAAGAAGUUGAUGCGUUGUGGAGAUGUCACCGAGCUAUGUGGAUGAAGACAUUUAAACCAUUUGGAUGGGAAAUAGUUGAGAACCGAUAUGGUGGACUAAGAGCACGAUUAGAAACUAUGUUUGAUCAAAUCGUAGCCCAUGUAGAAUAUAAAAUGAAAAAACAAAAGAUGCAAUUAAGGGGCAAUAUUUUAAAAGACGAUAAAGAAGAAGAAGAUGAUGAUGAUAUACAUGAGAGAAUACCUGAGUUUGAAGUAGAGUUGGAAUGUCUUUAUUAUGGAGCAAAGACGAAUUUAUUGUUAGAUCAUGCACGCGUUGUUAGUACUUCACGACUAGGCUAA